AUGUCCACAGAUCUAGAUCACUCCGUAUUUUCCGCCUUCUCGGCGCCUUCUCCACAGUUUCAGUCGCGAGACACGCGCCUCAUCCGUGAAUCGCGUCUGGCUCCCUCACUACUCUUGUCGUCUCCGCCAUCGGAAGACUCGAGUCCGUCGACCGUUGGUUCCCCCGGUCAACGAACCUCUCCGCGGAGCAUCACCCUUGAACCCCCGCCUCUCCCAUUCCUAUCCUCAUAUCGCGCAACCGAAGGAUCUGGGUCCUCUUCGCCGGAUAAUCGCAAGGCGGAAAGCAGCAUCUACUACACCACCGCGUGGGGAUCCCCAUAUGCAGCACCUAGCACUCGGAGACUGUCAGUGACCAAUAGCCAACUCGAACUCUCCGAGAUCGACAACGGAUCUGGUCCCAGCUCGCCCGUCUCGUCAGUAGCCAACCACACGGAGCUGCGGAGAUCGAGUAUCGCGAACGACGACAUACUUGUACCCGUGGACCGCGAUCUCGUCGCCAAUAUCGGAGAUAAAUCGAUUCGGGACUUCACGCAAGAUUGGAUCAACCAGUACCUUACUGGUCAGCCUAGAACGGAGCGGAGCAAUUGGCUUAGCGACGACUCUGGAAGUGAAGCGCCAUCGUUUAUCACUGCGAGAAACCACUUCGCUGACGACGCUUCGGACGAUUGGCUUGGUUUGGAGGACGACUUUCGUUCCGACGAUCUAUUGAAAACUCCAACGCUCUCUGAUUUCGUCGGGAAGAAGGCCGCUGCGCGUGCAAAAGGCAACAAAGGUCAGCAUAAACGCGCUGAUACCUUGCGGCAGGAGGAUUUUUGGGGUUUCGCUUACGAUAAAGAUCCACCGCAAGACAACAUGUCAAAUUCAAACACACCUACCGUCGAGGUAAACUCGCCGAUAGACAAGCCGUUACCUCCUCCGCCUGCAGAUGCGAUGGAGGACGCUGCACAGAUGGAAGACCCGUUCAACCCGGGUCCAUUAAAAAUACAUGUCCCUGAUAUCAGCAGGGCAGCCACCCCGACACCACGACGGAGAAAGAAGCUGAAUUGGCGUGGGAAAGCCUGCAUAAUCGAGCUGCCAAAUGACGAUAGGAGAGGCUCGGAACCUGGGUAUCGUCUCCUAACACCGGCCGACGUUCAGCAGCGAAUGCAAGAAUGGGAGGACGAAGGAUACGAUGUUCGUGGAUUCACCAUUGGCGAUUCCGAGGACCCCUCCACAAUGACGACUCUAGGAGGUCUCAGCCGACCCUUAUAUCCCGACCCAUAUGACCUCCAUGAAAUAUCCAAGAGCCAGCCACUUGUCGUCAACUUCCCAGACAGGGCCAAGUGGGAGGCUUAUAUCACCGAGCUCCAAGAAGAAAAGCUACGCGCCCUGGGAGUGUCAUUCGGCGAUGAUGAACCUGCACAAUCCAUUUCACCGGAUUACUCGUUAAACCCUAGCGGCACGCCUUUCCCAGGCCUUGUUACAUCCCCGCCGAUUCCUACUGCGUCCGCAGCAAGCAAUCCCCUCGGCCAUAUUCACCCAUUCUCGCCUCAUUUCAAUCAAUCAUCAAUGCCUACGCCUGGUGGUAUGGGAACCAUGGCAUCACCUUCGCAAUUCGGUAUGCAGACGCCAUUCAUGGGUGCGGAUCAAAAUAUGAUGGGUGGAUUCCCAUUCCAAUUUCAGCCCACGCCUCCUGCUCAGGGAGCUAUGACUCCUCAAGGCUUCAUAAACCCCCGGCAGCCAACUUCUUCGGCUGGGCCAGGGGCCAUGGGCAACUUUUCCUCCAUGCUAUCACCAGUGUCUCCGCUACAUGACCAAGGGUCUUUCUACCCGGCAUUUAACGAUAAGGGUGUGUUCGAUGCUCAAUUUGGCCAUGGUAUGCACCAGGAAGGCCUGCCAUACCAGGCUCCUAAGACCCCGGUCAAUGGACACCCAGAUAAUUUCCACGCAUCGAGUGUCGAAAUUGCCCAGCCUACACCUCGAGGUCACGGUCAUAAUCUGAGCGAGACUCUGCAAAGAGGGCUGGACCAGAUGACACAUACCGAUUAUCAUUUGGAAGACUCGAUCGACCGGCAAUUAGAGGAUGAUUACCGUGAUGUCAACGGCCAUGCAGGGCUGAAUGCCGGCAUACUGAAGUCGGGCUGGGGAUUGCCAGAAAACGAAAACCACCCACUCCCGCCUCAUCCCUUCGCCCAGCACCAGCUUCCUCAGCAAAUCUACGGAGACCAAUACCAACAGAAUGGUCAUGAUGGGUCUGACCUCGACACAAAUCCCAGCGUCGCGGGUACGCCACAGACUCGCCAAGGACCGUGGCACGAGACACAGGCCAGCGGCCACUCCUACCACGGGGGCCAUCAGUCGCAGCUCUCGAGUUCAUCACUCAACGUUGAGGCCAAGGCAUUCAACCCUAAUGCAUCAUUCAAUCCCCAGCCUGUGCCGUUCGGAAAUGACCCAUUCCAGUUCGGCAGAAGCCAAGGACUUGGUUUUGCCCCGCCUCCCUCGUUCGUGCCUGGUAGCACUGUGAAUGUGAAUGGACCAAUGAGUUCUAAGCUGAACCACAAUGCCAGUAGUAGUGGCGGAUUCAAAUUCUCUGCCGCAUCGUUCAAUGUUGACGCACCUGUUUUCAACCCCAACUCCUCUAUUGGCCUCAACUCGAAUGCCAGCUCCGAGCAGCCUCCGGCUAGUCGCACCAAAAUCUUCGGCGACAUUGACACCAGCAAGAUUACCACGCCCGAGAAGAAGUCUAAAGCUAUUCCUAUUGUGCGACCUGAUGAAAUCGAACAGGAGACCAAUGACAAAAAGCAGGCCGUUGAAGACGACACCAAUGGUCGACCUGUACCGACCGACCGCCACAAGCGUGCGUGUCGCGGUGUCGGCAACGCUGAGGGCGAGGCUACAUAUAGUAGCUCGACCCAACCUCUGGGCGAGGCGGGCAAUGCUCAAGCUUCGAGUGCGCUGCAUGUCGUCGCUGACGGCAAGGAGAAUGCCAUUCCCAAAGAGAAUAAUCUGGUAGACCGGACGGGUACCCCUGUCAGUGAAGCUGAUACUUGGACUUUGUUCGAUGCGAAACGUGAGGCCGAGAACGGGUCUCAACCCGGAUCGCCGAUCCGGGCGCGGACCUCUAAGGACAUUGUUAUCGAAGAACGUGAACCAAGGGAGCCUGCAGCAGGAGAUGAUAGGUCUGUCACUGUCUCGAAGGAUGUCGACCAUGCUCUUCAUGGAUCUAAGAGCUCGACCAAGACCACUAUGCUAUCGCCUAGUGCCCAGCCUUUCGAGUUCAAGCCUGCUGUUUCUAAAUUUGUUCCCACGACUGUGCAGCCUUCCAGCUUUGCUGAAACAAAACCCGUUGCAGCAAAUAUCGUCAAGGAGCAGCCCAUCGAAAACACUCUCUCGAGUCCUGUUGAAAUGAAACACAAGCAAGCUGGACUCAUGGAUUCUCGAUUCGCUGUCACUGGCCCAUCUAAGAAUACAACCACGUCAGAUCAUCAUGCUAAACCUGAGUCCAACGCCCCAACCCAUGUGGAACCAGACUUCAUCACCCGCAAGCAUAAGCACUACGACAGUCAUUGGGACUCCGAGAACGACUCGCCUGACGACGAGGAGCUGAAUGCAAUUAUGGAACAGCUAAACGAUGACGACGCCGAUGUUGGCAUCGAGCGCCACGCGACUCCUUACCAAACGAUCCACGCGACCCCCUUCCAGCCGCGACACGAUCACCUCACAGAGUCGAUGGGCGGUCCCACGAAGGAAAAGCGGUUUGGCUCUGCGGAUGCCCGCAGCGAAGCACCCAGUCCGAGCCCUGGUGGAGUCCCCAAGACCUACAAACUCACCGUUCCCAAACAUGGCUCGGACAUGGAUGCCAACAGCAAUGCUACCUUCUCUCCGCAGAAGAGCCUUAUCUCUCGUCUGCAGUCUCCUGUUCGCCAGCUCUUUACUGAAAAUGACCAUGUCAGUGACUGGGACGACAUGAUAUCGGCCGGUGAGGACGAGAAGUUCAUGAACCGUAACCGCUUCUUCGAUCGCCGUAUCAACGAUCUUGUUGGCUCUGCGAUCGAUGAUCGUUUGGGCCCUGUGGAACGUGCCUUGGCUGUCAUUCAGCAGUCGGUGGCUUCUAUUGCCAGUGGCACUGCAAGCAGAAUGGUCUUCCGCAGCACAUCCGCUGAGAUGGAAGACAGUGAUGCUGAUGAUGAGGACGAUGAUGGUCAGGAAGCUUCGGUUCGCGAUCGCUCGCCCCACAAUACGAGGGAACGUAAGCUGGAAAUGCUCAAGAAUGUCGUUAUGGAAGCUUUGAUUACCCAUGACAUCCCUCAACGCAUUUCCCCACACUCCAGCCAUCACGAGAUGUCGCAGCUGAAAGAAAGCAUUGCUGAACUGCAGGCUCUCACGAUCAAGAAGCUCGCUCAGGACCCUGUUGGUGAUAUGCGCGAGAUUCUCGAGGAAGCCAUGGCCAAGCAAUUGGCUCAGCAGAUCGCCUUGCAGAAACCCCCGAGCCCGCGCCUGUCAGAGGCCGAGGAGAUUGGUGCCGACAGCCUGAUGCUCCAGAUCGAGGGCCUUAAGGGUAUGUUGCGAGUUGCCGAUGAGCGUGCCGAGCAGGAGUACAAGGAUCGCCGUGACGCGCAGGAUGCUAUGACUGAGGUCCAGCGACUAUUGAAGCUUGCUAGGGAAGAUGCUGCUCGUCACAGUGCUGCUGCAGAGGAUGCCGAGUCUCGUCUGCUCCAGUUCAAGGAAGAGAAGAUCCCCUACUUUGAGAAGAUGCAGUUCCGCACUGAGUCUCUUAUGGAAGAGAGCGAGACUCUCAAGGUUACUAUCGCCGAGUUGUCUACGAAGAACAUCGCGCUUGAGGGUACCCUCGACGAGUACCGUCUCUCUAGCGAUAGCUUCCGUCGUCAAUUAGAAACUACCAGAGGUGAGAACAAGUCUCUUCAUGAGACCGUUGACCACCUGCGAACUCGCAUUGAGGAUAGCAUGAUCUCGCGCCAGAACCUCACUGAAAAGUUCGAUCGUCUCCAAGAUGACAUGAUCAGUGUCACUGCUGAAAUUACUCGCGAUCAAGCUGUCUGGCGCAGAAGGGAGGAAGACCACACUGCCAGGUAUAAUGAGCUGCGCGCGUCACACUCCCGCGAGCUCAAAUUGCGUGAGAAGCUUGAGGAGGAUGUCUACGAAUUCGAAAAGAAAGAACGGGAGGCCACAAAGUUAAGGUUCGUCCAUGAGCAAUCUCAGCAAGACAAGGCUAGACUGGAGGAGUUGGUCACUAGCCUCCGGGCGGAGAACCAUGAACUGCAGAUCAAGGCUGCCCGGUUCGAGCGAGAGUUUGUCGAAGCCCGUGAGAGCAGCCGCGUCGAGAUCCAGCGCACUCGCUCCUCGAUGGAGGCAGACCUCGAAGCUGCUAACAGCCAGGUCAACAUUGUGCGUGCCGAGCUGGAGGCUCAGAUUAUUCGUCUGGAGACCCAACUUGAUAACAACCGCAUGGAUACCGAUACCUCUCGCGAGCGCUACGAGCUUCUCCUCGAGGAAGCCAGGGACUCAAAGGCCACCGCCCUGGCAGCUAAGGAUCUUGCCAUCGAUGAGACCCGCAAGAUGCAUGAGCGCAUUCUCAAUGACCUCCGCGAACGUCACGCUCGCGCUUUGCAUAACUCUUCAGAGGAUCGUGCACGCGGGGAAAGCCAUAACAUGGAGCGGAUGGCUUUGUCCGAGGACAAGGCUAAGCAUCUCCAAGAGCGCGUAAAUCUCCUCGAAGAGAAGGUUGAGAUCGCUCAAGCUGCUGCCCGUGCUGCUGCUGAGGCAGCCCACAGCGCCAAGGCAAAACCCAGCUCGGUCGCAGCUGCCGCAACCUCGCACUCGCGGGCGACGCCGUCCAUGUCAUACAACAAGGGAUCUGAAGAACCCGAACGGAUCUCCCCUCAAGCCCUGCGCGAGUCAAUCUUCGUCCUUCAGGACCAGCUCCAGCAGCGCGAGACACGUAUCGAGGAGCUUGAACAGGAAGUCUCCGCGAUAGAUAAAGAUGCGCCAAAUAAGAUCAAGGAGAAAGACACCGAGAUCACCUGGCUGCGUGAGCUCCUAGGCGUCCGCAUUGACGACCUGCAAGACAUAAUCGACACUGUGUCCAAGCCCGCAUUCAAUCAGCAAGCCGUCCGCGACGCAGCCAUCCGUCUUAAGGCCAAUCUCCAAAUGCAGCAGCAAGAAAAAGAACGGCUAGCAUCCGGCAACCUCCCGUCCCUCGCCGACCUUGCCGCCUCACCCCGCUCCCUCCCCCUAGCUGCAGCUGCCGCUUGGGGAAAUUGGCGAAAAGGCCGCGAAUCCGCCGCCAACGCCUCCAAUCAGACCCCGUCAAAGCCCAGCAACGCGAGUACUUUCCUGUCAGGCCUACUAACACCCCCGAGCUCCCACGCCCGCGGGAACGGUACUGGCUCGCAGACUAGUGCUGCCGCACGGUUUGCGCAAACUCGCCCCUUGAGAAGCUUCAACUCAGCCCCAAAACGUGGCGCGGUUCGCAGUCAGGUACCUGCCAUGGAGCCGCCUCAGACGCCGCCUCUUCUCCGUCGCUCGAGUUAUGACCAUGAUGCCGAGCCGGCGAACUACGAGGAUGGGAGCUUCGCGGAUGAGAACGAGAGUACCGUUGAUGGGAUGGUCUCGGCUUCGCCAAGGGAGAGGGAUAAUGAGAGUCCUUUUGGGCCUACGAUUGAUGAGGCUGAAGCCGAAGAAAGCUAUAUCAUUCAAAACGAAGCUGACGCCGACGCUGACGUUUCCUCUUCUGAUGAACCCUCCACUGAGGAAGAGUGA